AUGUUUCGAAACGAUCUCUCCCUGAAGGAAAAAAUCGCGAUUUUGGACAAAGUGCAAUUGUUACCUCUAGGCACUUCACUACGUAAAAUCGCUGAAGAAUUAUGCGUUCCGAAAUCAACGAUGACAAAACUGCUCAAAGACGAAGUCAUUUUACGCAAAAACUUCAAUUCAACUCAAACUAGUAAUCGAAAACGUGCACGGAAAGGGAAAUGUCCUGAAGUUGACGAGGCCUUAAGUGAAUGGUAUUCACUGAUGACAAGUCACGGUGAUCCCGUUUCUGGGCCAAUGUUGAAAUUAAAAGCCGAAGAAUUAUCCCAGAAAUUAGGUAACAAUCAGUUUAUUGCUUCUAAUGGUUGGUUAAGCAGGUGGAAGAAUAGACACGAGAUCAAAUUAAAUCGUGUGCAUGACGAAAAAGCAAGUGCUGAUGCAUCCACCUCUAAUGAUUGGAAAGUGGACAGGCUAAAAAUAAUUUUGAACGACUUUUCCCCAGAUAACAUUUUUAAUGCAGAUGAAACUGGACUGUAUUAUCGAGCGACACCUGACGGUUCUUUAUGUUUCAAAAAGGAAGUGCUAUCCGAUUCAAAAAAAGCAAUGGAGAGGAUUACAGUUUUAUUAUGUGUCAAUAUGACCGGGAGUGAUAAAAGAAAGCUGCUAGUAGUGGGGAAAAGCUUAAAACCUCGAUGCUUUAAAAAUAUGUCUAUAAAUAAAAUUCCAGUGCAUUAUCGUGCGAAUAAAAAUGCAUGGAUGACUUCAUCUAUAUUUUUAAACUGGCUGUUUGAAUGGGAUAAGGAAUUGCAAGCAAAAUCUAGGUCCAUAGUUCUUCUCAUUGAUAACUGUGCUGCACAUCCAAAAAACGUUCAACUCAAAAACAUCACUUUAGAAUUCUUGUCACCAAAUACGACAUCCUUAAUCCAACCCUUAAAUAUGGGUGUUAUCAAAAACCUCAAGAUGAGGUAUAGAAUGAAGUUAGUUAAUUUUAUUCUAGAAAAGAUUGAAGAAAAACUGUUUGACUCAUCUGCAACUGCUAGCCAAAUAAGUAGAAAAAUAAACAUAUUGCAAGCCAUACAAUUUAUAUCAGAGAGCUGGCGAGAAAUUAGCUGCACAACUGUUAUGAAUUGUUUCGCUUAUUGUGGAUUUUCUAAUGUUGUUGUUCCACAAUCUGAGUUUAUUGAAUUGAACGAACAAUUUUUAGUUAUUCAAAACCAUAAAGAGUUUGAAAAAAUUGAUGAAAAUGUUCUUUGUUUUGAUAAUAAUGAAGACAUUUGUGAUGUUGUAGUAGAAAAUAUAACUGGAUCAAAAGUUUUUGAAUAUUUAUAA